AAUUAUGCGUAUUGUUGAGUAAAAUGUCUGCUUCUCCUCAUCUUCCUUCUCGAGUGUCUGUAUCCUCUCAUCCCUAUUCUUAGUCUGAGCUUCUCAUCCCUUCUUCUCUAUCAUUUGUAUUUCUGUUUAGCAUCUCUAAUUCCUGUAAUAGUUUUGAGUUGAGUUAGUAAUUUCCUUUCGAGGUUGAAGCAAUAGAAGUAUUGAAUAACUGGUUUGUUACAUUGGUGCUUUCAUCGUUCGUACUCCAACAAUGGUGGUGUUAGAUCGAUUCACCGAUGGAAACCCAGAGGGUUGGAUUUUUCGGGCUGAGUUGUACUUUACCUACCUUGGCUUCUCCGAGAAGGACUGGUUACCUCUUCCUUACCACUACCUUGACGAAGAAACUCUUCUUGGUUUGAUUGGCUGUUUCGAAAUAAGCAAUUUUUUGAUUGGAAUCAUUUCAAGGAGAAACUGAAGCAGCGUUUUCGCACUCGAACUAAAGAAGCAUCUGGUGGGUGCUUAGUCGUUCACCAGCAGCGAAAGUUAGAGGAAAAGUUUCUAGCACGAGCUGCGGCUAUUCCAUCGUGGUGCAACAUUAGCACCUCACCCUCGCCUCAGUAUUGGAAUAAACACUUAGACAGCAACAACCUUAACUCGGCAUACGAGGUGCUCGAGGAAAUGGCGGAUAAGGCAACUAGCACGUUACAAGAUGAUGAAGCGGAUGUUGAACCUAGUGCGUUACUGCAUUACCAGAAAAACAUAUUGAUGUUGAUUCCAUGUACGAUAUCGCUGAUGGAAGUCAUAUUGAGGUUGAGAUUCUUACAGAGCUACAAGUUGGUAAUGAAUUGAUGACUAAGAAGGUGAAAUUCUCAGAAGAAGGCCAGGUAUUCGAUAAAAUGUCUCAUAAUUGCUGCUCCACGGUACUCGCUGAUGAAUCUGAUUUAGAAGAUGGUGAUUCUGAGGAAGACAAGGUGCCUGAUGGACAUCCCAGACGAACCGUUGACAAGAACUAUGUCUCUCCAACUGAUGCGGCAAUUGCUUGCGAUAAUGAAGCUGAAACGAACACAACUAAUUUUCUGGUACCUUUGAUUAGUAGAGAGGAUGUAGUGCCGAAAGAGAUUGCGAGCACUGCUGAAGUCACACAUCCAUUUGAAAAUGUCAUACCGCUUCAUAUUCACAGGAGUCUAUGUCUGUGGAAAUUUUUUUAUAAGAAUUUAUGCUAGCUAAUAAGGUUUCAGAUAUUGCGAGGUAUGUUUCUGAUAAAAUUUUAUUCGUUGGGUAUGAAGAACCAGCGUAGGAUAAAGAGUUCACGUUAAUAAUUAAGCAGCCAUCACUAUGUCAUUUUCGGCUUGUAGUUUUUGGUUGCAUAAUACCGCAUCGCCAUACUACUUUAUCCUAUAAAAUGUUGGCUAUAGAUUUGAAUUUGGUACACUCAUUAUCUGUUCAUGUUGGACUCUUCAUAUCGACUCCAUCUACCAUGGUUGACUUAUCUCAAGCUCCGAUGGUACAGGGUCAUCACGUGGUACUGAGUUGUUUAAACGACGAGAAAUCUUUGAAUUGGGUUUUACAAGUAAAGAGAUGGCAAUGUGCAAGUUAAAGGCUCAAAGAAUGUGGUUCAACAGAAGCUAUUUGCUACUAGCCUAUUCAAGGGAGCUACAAAUGUCAAAGAGGAAAUGGUUCCAGCAAUUGUUUGCCCAAUCUUACAGAAUCUUACUCAUCGGAUGGAUUCAGAACAUCUAGGGAAAGUUCUAUCGAAUCAUUUGGAGUUUAUUAUUAGGUCUCGAGUUCUAAGUCUUCAGAUUCUUAUCAACCAACCUAUAACUGAGCUUGAAAUUGAGUUGAGCUGUCUUGGGAAGCACAUUAUCAUGGCACCAAGGAUAAACUCCGAGAUCUUAACUCUAAAAAGUCAUCUAGAGUAUGUGGCUUCUAGCUCUAUGACUCAAGUGUGGGAUCCUGGACGGAAAUGGUGUAUACAUUCUUCCAUUUUGCUAUCUGAUUUUGCAUUGGAAAAAGAUGUUUCAGAUACAUUGCAACUGAAGCUUCUUACAUCACUCUUGUUUGGCCCAAUGAGUGAGGAAUAUACAUUUUCUUCCUGUUCGUCACUCUCUAGCAGCCAAGUCGUGUUAAUGAAUUUCUCUUGUACUAGAACGAAAGUGUUUUAUCCACAAACCUGUGCAUAUUACAAAUAUUCUUUGCACUAUUUUAUAGAGGAUUUUAAUCUUUGUAAUGCUUUUUGGAAUGUUUUCGAUGAGGCAGGACCUGCACGAGUGCUACAAGUUCAAUCCUUACAGGCGGAGAUCGCAAAAUAUUUGUGCAGUUUGUGGAUGCAGUCAAGGAAAUCCAAUAGGAUGACAAUAUUGCAACAUAGGAGAAAGCCACGUCUUGCCAUAAGUCUUGCUGCAAUUAUGCAAUUACUGUGGUCAUUGUUGUAAUUAAUUUUCAACUAUGCGGACCUAAUAGGUUACUUUGUGGAUCAAGAGCAUGUAGUUUGUCUAGUGGCAGAAAAGAGCUUUAUAAUUAUGGAUUGAUAUUCUUUAGUUUA